AUGGUUAGUUUUCAAUAUAGAUUAGUUGCAUUGGAUUUAGAUGGUACUUUGUUGAAUAGCGAUAAGAAAGUCAGUGAGAAUACAAAGAAUGUUUUGAUGUAUUUACAACAGCAUCAUCCUGAUGUUGAAAUCGUUCUUGCUUCUGGUCGUGCACCAUAUCUUGUCAUCCCGACAGAGACAGACUGUGGUGUAGAUUGUUCGCUCAUCGGAUACAACGGUGGAUUGUGUCUCUCCAAGAAGGCAGAGGGUAGAACCACCAUCUUUGAGAAAGCAAUUCCAGCCGACCGUCUCAUUGACAUCUAUAAAUACGUAGAGGACAAUAACCUCUAUCUCAACGUCUACGGUGACGGUAUAGUCUACGGUGUGAAAAGACAAAUUGAAAAAGCAAAUAACUAUUCAACGAUGACUGGUGCAAAAUAUAGUUUUGUUGAUUCAUAUUUCGAAUUGAAACCCGAGUUGAAUCCAAUGAAGUGUUUGAUUAUUACAGAGUCGGAGGAGGAGUGCGAUAGACUGCUAGAGACAUUGACACCGAUCUUCUCGGAUCUGAGUCUGGUCAAGUCGAAUUGUUUCUCAAAGACAUGCAAGCAAUAUUAUGUCGAGUUUUUGAAGAAUGGUGUCAACAAAGGAUUGUCGGUACGCGAGUUUUGCAAUCUAAAGUCUAUUCCGGUCGAGCAGAUGGUUGCCUUCGGUGAUGCCGAGAACGAUAUCGAUAUGCUAAAGAUUGCUGGUUUGGGUAUUUGUUUGGGUAACGGUAACGAUGCAACAAAGGCUCACUCUGACAAGGUAUCCUCUUACACCAACGACCAAGACGGUGUCGCUAGAGAACUAGUGGAGUUAUACAAUCUUCCAAAGGAUCUCAUUAAAUAA